CUCGCACCGGUAGAUAGUGUAACGAUCGAUCAUAUACCACACUCUUCAUAGUUGAUAUCGCAGGCAAAUCAGGCUGGUCUGGCCUCGACAGCUUCAUCAUCGCCGUACCAGUCGGCUCCAGAUCGAAGCAUUCGUGCACAUCGAUCGAGCGCUCGUAUACGCUCAUUGAAGGACUCUUCGAUACCGUUUCAAAGGCACGGCCUCCUGGUGGCACUAUAUCAUGACUGGUCCCAAAUCCCAACACCAAGGAAAGACGCCCUUCCUAUCCCCGCCCGUGCUUCAGCGGAACAACUCGUCGACGUCCACUCGAUCCAGUCGAUCUGUUCACUCCCAAAGAGCUCAUCAUUCACACUACUCGCUGGACGAUCCUUCGGCUUCGAUCGUUGGGAACACUAUGGCUCCAACCAACUCUCAAGCUCAUCACCUGCAUGCACAACAUGGAGAUAUUUUUGUGCCCGUGCACGGCGGCAAUACCAUGCCGGACUUUGACUCGCUCGUCGCGGCGGAACAGAGAGAGUUGAUGGAAGACGACCUGGAAGACGCCGAGGCAGAGGCGAACGAGCGGACGCGGUUGUUAGCAAGAGGACCUGACAACGGACAGAGGAGAAAAUCUGUCUCCUUUGGUUCUGGAGAACAGGCCGAACCUCAUGCCGAUGCCGCUGAGAACGUCUCCCAGGAGGAACAUGUAGAUACCCGCCCUAAUUGGAGAAAGCCGUGCUUGACCUGGUUGAUCCCCGUCGUUACCUGUUUUGCACUGACAGUGGGGAUGGGUUCCGCUCCCAAGCAAGAACUCAUGAUCAACCUCGCUUGUCUCUCUCAUCCGCCCCAGACUCAAUCAGCUGGUCACGGUGUAGUUGAGGAAGCGGACAUGAGCAUGAUGCAUAUGGUCAGAUCUCUGUGGAACGCUCCGUCAGUCUCCCGUCAGCACCUGGAUGCUAUCUACGCGGAACAGGCCGGCGACAACGACGUGCAGAACUACAUCAACCUCGCCGUGAACCAAACCAAACCCCCGGUCUUGCCUCCCCUGACUCCAGCCGACAAAUGGAUGAUCGAAUUGCAAAAACGAAUCGCGGAAGAUCGUGCCCGCCAGGAAGCAGCUAGACGUCGACCCAUACGGGGUGGAAGGGAUCCUCGGCCGCAAGAUGGAGAUGGCUUGCCGGAUGGCGAGGUCCCUCAUCGGCCCGUUGGAGGAGGACGACCAGGUGGAGGGGACAAAGCAGGGGACGGUCAAGAUGACGACAGUGGUAGACACAAGGCACCAGGCGAUGAACAUACGGGGGGGCCUGAGGAUGCACCUCGACCUCCCAUCGACCCGAGGUUGUGCAAGAAGAGUCCCAACACGCAAGCCGCCGCGGCGACAUUGACCAUGACAAUGACUUUGUGUAUGGGCAUCUUGUCGGCCCUGACUACUGGGUUCUGGGGAGCCGUCUCGGAUCGUCUUGGACGCACCAAAGUCAUGAGUGUCGCAAUUCUUGGUCUGGUGAUGAGCGAUGUCGUUCUCAUCAUUACCGCCACGUAUCCGCACAAGGUUCCAGGUGGAUACCGUUUCAUCCUGCUCGGUCCUGUCAUCGACGGGCUUCUCGGUGGGUUUUCGACCAUCAUGGCUACCAACAAUGCCUACCUGUCGGACGUCACGCCGGACGGAAGUCGAGCCAAGUCUUUCGGUCGAGUUCAGGGAAUUAUGAUGUUUGGUUUCUCGCUUGGUCCGAUCCUUGGAAGCGCCUUGAUCCGUGCAACGCGAGACAUCAUGAGUGUAUUCUAUCUGGCGGCCAUGUUCAAUACCUGCAUCAUCCUCUUCAUCGCCUUUGUCGUUCCUGAAUCACUCACCCGCGAAGCUCGACACGCUCUUGGACAAGCCGUGUCCGCCAAGAAGAAUGCAAUGGCUGAGCGCGAGGCUGCCGAGAGGGCUUGGGAAGAAGAGUCUGAUGCCGAAGCAGACGAGCCAGACACCAAUGCUUCUGGCUGGUCCAGAAUCUCGGGUGUCACCGCCAAGAGUUCGCGCAGCAAAAGACGUUUCCAUGGCCGGAUGAAGAGGCUUCGCAGGAGGAUGUUUGCAUUCUUGUCGCCUCUUCGUCUUUUCAUCCCGAAGACAAAGGUCAUCGAGGAAGGGGGUCGAGUCCUGGUAAAAAAGGACUACAAUCUGCUGCUCCUCGUCAUGGCUAUGGCUUUGAUCACUUCGGUCAUGGCUCUUCUACAGGUCAAGGCGCAGUUCCUGAUCUUUCGCUACGGUUGGAGUUCAGCCGAGCUGGGUCCAUACCUGACACUGAUGGCAGGUACUCGAGCCUUUGUACUGCUGAUUUUCAUGCCAUUGGUCGUCCGCCUCUUCAAGCCGAUAAUCAAAGCGGAUCCAUCCCGACCCAAUCUGGACGUCGCUGCGAUGCAAGCGAUCGCCGAUACGCGUUUCGAUCUGUCGAUCGUUCGUUACAGCCUUGCUGUCGACAUCAUCGGCUAUAGUGCCAUGGCAAUACUGGUACCGGCACCAGUGUUCGUGCUAUUGACCUGCCUUGUCACCUUUGGCUCGUGCACAAGCCCUGCCAGCAAUUCAUUGGCACUCAAUCUCGUCGACUCGAGUCGAGAUACAGGACGACUAUUCGGGGGUCUGGCAGUCGUCACCGCGAUGAGCACAACUUUCUUUGGCCCGCUGGUGUUCUCUUUAGUGUAUGCCAGGACCGUCGGAACGUACUCGCCGGCCGUCUUUGCGGUAGCUGCCGGGAUCAUCGUCGUCGCACAGGUCGUCCUCGCCUUUGUAGAUCUUCCGAGGGUACCUCACAAGGACGAUGACAACGAGCGAGGGCGUACCAGAGGCGUGAAGAGGGUUGAGAGCAGUAGUACGGGCGGAUCCAGCCAUCGAGGUUCCAUGUAGAGUCGUCAAUUGAUUGCAGGAUAGGUGUAUAAAUCAAGUCGUUGUAGCCCCUCGGAUACGUAUCCGCUUUCGAUGAUAUCUUUAAUCGCUUAG